AUGAAACGAAUUUCAAACAGUUUGAAUUUGGCAACUCUCAAGAUCACAAAAAGAGAUGAAACUAUUGAAUUGAUGAAACUUGAGCUCGAGAUGGAGAGAAAAACAUUGGCUGAGAAAGACACCGAGUUUGAAGAAUUGAAGAGAUCUCAUAUCGAAAUGCUCAAGACGUUUGAACAUACGAAGAUGAUUCUCAAAGAAGCACAAUCGAAUGUAUUGAACCUUGUCCAAGAAAACGAAAUCAAAUGUCAAAUGUUGACCGAUAUGAAGACAAAAAAAGAGCGAAAAUCAAUGGAGCUCUCUGCUGUUCAAAGAGAAAUUCGUCAAAAACAGGACAAGUAUGAUCUGUUGAUUGGAACAGUUAACGAGAGUUUCGCCGAAUUCAGCAAAAACUCAAAUCAGGAGGUAAGCAAAUUUUCAUACAAAAAAACAAGUUACCAGUAAAAUUGUUUAUUACAGGCCUACUCGAAGCUCAAGAACAUCUUCGGCGAAUUUUGCGCCUCUUCCGGCCUGAACAUCGAAUUUUCAAUUUGA